GUAAAGGAGCUUUGCGGCGGGGAGGAUUCCAGACGGUUCUGGAAGCUCUGCUCGGGAUUUUCUCGAACACUCCGCUAGAGUAGAAAAGCGGGGCUCGCUGAGACGCGCUGGGAGGCUGACAGGACACGACCCAUCCCGGAGCUGCGGACCAAGAUGCCUGAACUACAUGACCAAGCGAUGGAGGACGAGGCGGAAACCUUUGCAUUCCAGGCUGAGAUUGCUCAGCUGAUGUCCCUGAUCAUCAACACUUUCUAUUCCAACAAAGAGAUUUUCCUCAGGGAGCUCAUCUCCAACUCCUCAGAUGCCCUGGACAAGAUUCGUUAUGAGAGUCUCACUGACCCCUCCAAGCUUGACAGUGGCAAGGAACUCAAAAUUGAAAUCAGACCAAACAAAGAGGAGCGCACCCUGACCCUGAUUGACACAGGUAUCGGCAUGACCAAGGCCGACCUGAUCAACAACUUGGGCACAAUCGCCAAGUCUGGCACCAAGGCUUUCAUGGAGGCUCUGCAGGCUGGAGCCGAUAUCUCCAUGAUUGGUCAGUUCGGUGUGGGUUUCUACUCCGCAUACCUGAUCGCUGAGAAGGUCACAGUCAUCACAAAGCACAAUGAUGAUGAACAGUACGCCUGGGAAUCCUCUGCCGGAGGCUCAUUCACGGUUAAAGUUGAUACCUCUGAACCAAUGGGGCGUGGAACAGUAGUGAUUCUGCAUUUGAAAGAAGACCAACUGGAAUACCUUGAGGAGAAAAGAGUCAAAGAGAUUGUGAAGAAGCACUCGCAGUUCAUUGGCUACCCCAUCACACUCUUUGUGGAGAAGGAGCGAGACAAGGAGGUGAGUGACGACGAGGCAGAGGAGGAAGACAAGGAGAAAGAGAAAGAUAAGGAUGAAGAUGAGAAGGAUGAGGACAAACCUGAGAUUGAGGAUGUUGGUUCAGAUGAGGAGGGCGACCAUGACCAUGACCACGACAAGUGUUCAGACAAGAAGAAGAAGAAAAAGAUCAAGGAGAAGUACAUUGAUGAGGAGGAGCUGAACAAGACCAAACCCCUGUGGACCCGCAAUCCUGAUGACAUCACUAAUGAGGAAUAUGGAGAGUUUUACAAGAGUCUCACCAAUGACUGGGAGGACCAUCUGGCUGUCAAGCACUUCUCAGUCGAGGGUCAGUUGGAAUUCCGCGCCUUGCUCUUUGUCCCCCGUCGCGCUCCAUUCGACCUGUUUGAGAACAAAAAGAAGAAAAACAACAUUAAGCUGUACGUGCGUAGGGUCUUCAUCAUGGACAACUGCGACGAGCUAAUCCCAGAAUAUCUCAAUUUCAUCAGGGGUGUGGUUGAUUCUGAGGAUCUGCCCUUGAACAUCUCCAGAGAAAUGCUGCAGCAGAGCAAGAUCCUGAAGGUCAUCCGCAAGAACCUGGUCAAGAAGUGCAUGGAGCUGUUCACAGAACUGUCUGAGGACAAGGACAACUACAAGAAGUUCUACGAGCAGUUCUCCAAGAACAUUAAGCUUGGCAUCCAUGAGGACUCGCAGAACAGGAAGAAGCUGUCAGAACUGCUGCGGUACUACACGUCAUCCACUGGAGAUGAGAUGGUUUCCUUGAAGGACUAUGUCACACGCAUGAAAGACAAUCAGAAGCACAUCUACUACAUCACUGGUGAAACAAAGGACCAAGUUGCUAACUCCGCCUUCGUGGAGCGCCUUCGCAAAGCUGGCCUCGAGGUCAUUUACAUGAUUGAGCCCAUUGAUGAGUACUGUGUCCAGCAGCUGAAGGACUUUGAGGGCAAGAACCUGGUGUCAGUGACCAAAGAGGGUCUGGAGCUUCCUGAGGAUGAGGACGAGAAGAAGAAGCAGGAAGAAAAGAAGGCUCGGUUUGAGAACCUCUGCAAGAUCAUGAAGGACAUCCUGGAGAAGAAGGUGGAAAAGGUCACAGUCUCCAACCGCCUAGUCUCUUCCCCCUGCUGCAUCGUCACCAGCACCUACGGCUGGACGGCUAACAUGGAGAGGAUCAUGAAGGCUCAGGCCCUGAGAGACAACUCCACCAUGGGCUACAUGGCUGCCAAGAAGCACCUGGAGAUCAAUCCUGACCACCCCAUCAUGGCAACUCUGAGGCAUAAAGCAGAGGCUGACAAGAACGACAAAUCUGUCAAGGAUCUGGUCAUCCUCCUGUUUGAGACCGCCCUGCUGUCCUCGGGAUUCACUCUGGAAGACCCUCAGACACACGCCAACCGCAUCUACAGAAUGAUCAAACUGGGGCUUGGGAUUGAUGAAGAUGAUGUGACACCAGAUGACACCACCUCUGCUCCCACUGAGGAUAUGCCUCCUCUUGAAGGGGAUGAUGAAGACACAUCCAGAAUGGAAGAAGUGGACUAGGCCUAAUUUAAUUUCCUGCUAGUGUUCAGAAGUAGUUAAAUGUACAGUUAAAAAUUAAAUGUUAAUGAGUUUGGGAUUUCUCCCCUUCAGUACCACCUUUUAAAAUUAAGUUAUAUUUGCACUGGCCAUGUGCAGCUCAGAUUUAUUCCUUUAGGCCUAUUUUUAUUUUUUGUAUGUAAGUUGUAUGAAUGUGGUUUUUUUUGUUUUUUUAUUGACAUUCCAAUGUUUGCUGUUCUUAAACUGUAAAUAUAUCAGGAUACUGUCAAUUGGAACGGUGCAAUGCAAAUAAAAGACUGAAUAUGUGAACA